AUGAACGUCUUUCUGAUUUUGUGUCUCUUUCUCUGUAGACUCAUCAAUGUCCUCCAGCCUGGCUCUGUGAGAAAGAUCAGCCAAUCCACUCAGAACUGGCACCAGCUGGAAAACAUCGGGAACUUUGUGCGUGCGAUCACAGAAUACGGCUUGAGGCCGGACGACAUCUUUGAAGCCAACGAUCUGUUCGAGAACACCAACUACACUCAGGUCCAGAGCACCCUGCUGGCUCUGACAGGCAUGGCCAAGUCCAAAGGCUUCCACUCUAAAUAUGAUUUAGGAGUGAAGUACGCGGAGAAGCACCAGCGCCGCUUCGCUCCGGAGAAACUGAAGGAGGGACGCAACGUCAUCGGCCUGCAGGUCAGAGACAAGAGAGAACAUUCAGUCAUGUACCAUGCUGCAGUGUUAGCCUUUUGGGAGGACAAAGUGUUAGAAAGGUCUCCCUGGUCCCCGGCUUGA